UUUUCCAAUCCACAGGUGGCUUGAUAACCUCAAACUUCCACGUGACUGGCAUUUUCAAAACAGAACAUGUCUUCAGGUGCCCCACGAGACGAAUUCUCAACCGGGUUGACCCACGAAUGUGGGGUUUUCGCCGCAAUUGGGGCCACUGAGUGGCUGACCGGCAAUGCAGACAUAGCCCAAAUCAUCUGCAUCGGGUUGGAAGCGCUGCAGCACCGGGGUCAAGAGUCAUGCGGCGUUGUGACAAGCGAUGGCUCGAACGAGUUCCACAUCCACAAAGGGAUGGGGUUGGUGAAGAACGUGUUCAAUAAAGACAAUAUCGGCAAGCUGAGGGGCUCGUUGGGGAUCGGGCACACCAGAUACGCGACGAGGGCGGCGUCGGCGGCCGUGAAUUGCCAGCCUUUCGUGGUCCACUCAAUGCAUGGAUCUCUGGCAACUGCGCACAAUGGGGAGUUGGUUAAUUGCUCGAGUUUGAGGAAGAUGGUUCUGGAUAGGGGGGUGGGGCUCUCUACGCACUCUGAUAGCGAGAUUAUCACGCAAGCUCUGUGUUUGAUUCCGCCAGAGGGGGAGGUGAACGGGCCGGAUUGGCCGGCGAGGAUAAGGCACUUGAUGCAGUUGGCCCCCUUGAGUUAUUCGGUGGUUUUGAUGCUGAAGGAUCGGAUUUACGCUAUGAGGGACCCCUAUGGGAAUCGGCCUCUGUGUUUGGGGAAGAUUCUUCCACCGAACUAUGACGCAGAAAACGAAGACGUACAACCCGAAGGAUGGCUAGUAUCCUCCGAAUCCUGCGCCUUCUUGACAAUCACGCGCUACGUCCGCGAGGUCCUCCCAGGAGAAAUAAUCGAAAUGACCCACCAAGGAGUCCGCACCGUCGACAUCGUCAGAAGACCGGCCGACAAGCAGCUAGCAUUCUGCAUCUUUGAGUACGUUUACUUCGCCCGACCCAACAGUAUUUUCGAGGGCCAGGAAGUCUACAGCGUGCGUUCGCACUGCGGAAGACAACUCGCCAUCGAACACCCGGUGGAAGCCGACAUCGUAGGCUCGGUCCCGGAGUCGGGAAACGCCGCCGCCUUUGGCUACUCCAAGGAGUCGAAGCUUCCCAUGGGGGAGCUACUCACGAAGAACACUUACGUGGGGAGGACUUUCAUCCAACCGACGAAUCGGUUGCGACAGCUCAAUGUAGCACUGAAAUUCAGUCCAAUUGGCACGAACGUCAAGGGUAAGAGAAUCAUAUUAAUCGACGACUCCAUAGUCCGGGGUAACACGAUUGGCCCCAUUAUUAAAUUAUUGCGGCGAGCCGGAGCUAAAGAGGUUCAUAUAAGGGUGGCGAGUCCGCCCCUGAAGUACCCGUGUUACAUGGGGAUUAACAUCCCCACUAAAGAGGAAUUGAUUGCAAAUGAUCUGGAUUCAAAGAGUCUCGCUAGUAAAGUUGGGGCUGAUAGUUUGGAGUAUUUAAGUGUUGAAGGGUUGGUGAAAGCCGUGCAGCGAAAUAUUGAAAAGGGGGCUGACAAAGGCCACUGCACUGCGUGUUUGACUGGUGAAUACCCUGAACAAAUUCCCAAUGAAUUGGAUUGGUGAAAAAUUUGACAACUCUUUAUGACAAGAAGAGUAUUUGGUUAGUAAAUCUCGGGCCACAUUCCAGCUUUAUUAACACUAUUUUUAGAAUAUAUAUAACUUAUAGGAAAGAUAUAGAGAAGACGUCUAUUUUGUUUAUAAACCACGGUUGACAUGUUAAAUGUGUAGGUUUAUUAUUUAACUUAUAGUAUUGUUAGCUAGUUAGAAACCUUUGACAUUCAAAUAAUAUCAACAGUAUUAUUGGCUUCCUAUAUGUGUAAGGUCUGAAUCAAAAGCAAUGAGAAAUUUUUUAAGAAGUAUUUUCGUAAUAAAUAGAGAAAAGUA